UAUAUAUCCCUCCCAAUACAGAGAGUGAAAGAAAGAAAGAAAGAAAAGGGUGUGUGGGUGGGUGGUUUUGCUGAUUGAUUUAGAAAAGACUACUAGAUACAUAUAUCUACACCAAGACAAGAAGAAAUUGAUUGAAAACCGCUCUUACUCCUUCCUUGAGAUUUGAUUUCUUGUACUUCAGACCAGUACACCAGCAGAGUCGGGCGAUGGUAGUGAGGGGAAAGAAUAAUUAUAAUAAUAGUAGGAAAGCGUUGAGCGUUACCAAGUUGGUAUUAAUAUGCGUGAUUGGGCUUGUUGUUGGAGUAGCACUUAUUGCCGAUCUACAACUCAUCCCUUACUACUCUUCUCCUGCUCCCAAUACCAAGGAGGAGGUGGUGCAGGGGGUAAGCGUUGAUAAUAAAAAAGAUGGUAUACAUGCGGGGAGAUUACUAUCUAAAACUUUUGCUGAUUUGCCUGGGCCACAACUACAUUGGGACAAGAUGGCCGACUCACCCGUUCCUCGUCUUGAUGGUGCUGCAAUUCAGAUCAAUGAUCAGCUCUUCGUUUUUGCUGGAUAUGGAACUAUUGAUCUUGUUCACUCUCAUGUUGAUGUUUACAAUUUUACAAGCAACACAUGGGGAGAUAGAUUUGAUAUGCCAAAAGAAAUGGCGCAUUCACAUUUAGGAAUGGUGACAGAUGGAAGAUAUAUUUAUAUUGUUACUGGACAAUAUGGUCCACAGUGUAGAGGCCCAACCGCACAUACAUUUGUGCUAGACACCAAGACCAAGAAAUGGCAGGACAUGCCCCCUUUACCAGUCCCUAGGUAUGCACCGGCAACUCAACUUUGGAGAGGUAGGCUUCAUGUGAUGGGGGGCAGCAAAGAAGAUCGAUAUACAGUAGGAGUAGAUCAUUGGAGCAUUGCUGUCAAGGAUGGGAAAGUUCUAGAGAAGGAAUGGAGAACUGAAAUGCCCAUACCUCGUGGUGGCCCCCACAGGGCUUGUAUCGUGGUGGAUGACCGGUUAUAUAUGAUUGGUGGUCAAGAAGGUGAUUUUAUGGCCAAACCAAAUUCGCCUAUAUUCAAGUGUUCUCGGAGAAACGAGGUAGUAUAUAGUGAUGUUUACAUGUUAGAUGAUGAGAUGAAGUGGAAGGUUUUACCUUCCAUGCCAAAGCCUGACUCACACAUAGAGUUUGCUUGGGCAGUUGUCAACAAUUCUAUUAUUAUUGCCGGCGGCACUACGGAGAAGCACCCUGAAACCAAGAAGAUGAUCCUGGUUGGAGAAGUCUUCCAGUUUCAAUUGGAUACUUUGAAAUGGUUGGUCAUUGGGAAGCUUCCUUAUCGUGUGAAAACCACAUUGGUUGGGUUCUGGGAUGGAUGGUUGUACUUCACCUCAGGACAACGAGAUAGAGGACCGGAUGAUCCUACACCUAAGAAAGUCAUUGGAGAGAUGUGGAGAACAAAACUCAGCUUAUGAGUGUCACUUCUUUCUCUAUAUAUACCCACAAUUUCAACUUGAUUAUUCAGGUGAGUUCAAAUAUAGCUGUAACAUGUACAUCAAUUUGAGAUACUAAAAAGUGCAAAUUGAUUCGCAUUUUCAUCCAUUUGAUUUUUUUUAUUAUUAGGUGUCCCUGUACUAUUCAUUUUCAUUGUCAACCGUCCUAACACUAACAACCGUUAGUUUUGCUCCGUUAAACCCCUCAUGUGCAAUGCACAUUAGGGUAUAAUCAUCAAGUUCAUAACCACAGGAACUAUUUGUAAUAAAAACAUUGGAUUAAAAAAAAUCUUUGUAUUCCUUUUCCCACACAACUCCGACCACCAUUCUUCGCCCGACCACCACCUGUUAUCGCCGGAAAAGUUCGCCGGAAAACGAGAACCACCACCCGCCACCGCCGGAAAAGUUCCCCGGAAACCGAGAACAACCACCUGCCACCGCCGGAAAACGAAACAGCAACAACGACGACGGUAGAGUGGCGGAGCAUCAGCAGCAGUGACGGUUCUGUGGUUGUGAUUAAGUAAUUAAGGCUUAGGGUUAAAGAUGAAACCCUAUGUUGUUCGGGAUGAUGGCCGGAGUUUUUUAUGGUAAAAAAGAGCGGCGGAAGGAGGCUGUGAUGGUGACCAGAAGUUUGGAUGGUGGUGGGAGUGAGAGAGGGAGGAAGAUGAGAAGUUUUUGUCUUUUAUUACAAAUAGUCCCUUAAAGAUGUUUUAUCACAAAUAGUCCCUGUGGUUAUAAACUGGACGAAAAGGCCAUCAUGUGCAUUGCACAUGAGGGCACAUGAGGGGUUUAACGGAUGAAAACUAACGGUGGUUAGUGGUAGGGACGACUAGCAAUGAAAAGGAAAAGUACAGGGACACCUAAUGAUAAAAAAAAAAGCACAGGGAUCAAAAUGCGAAUCGAGCAAACCACAAGGAUGAUUUGUGAUAAUUUCUCUUGUUCAAUGAUAUUAUACUUUUUUUCAAGUUAUUUUUUAUGUCAAGUAUCCUCUUGUCCGGACUGCAAUUUGGAAGAUGUAUGUAUGUCGUACGCCUGCCUGGCGAUAUAUAUUUAUCUUUGGCUAUAUAUAUUUUAAUACAUUAACCGUUUUAGUUCA